AUGGACGAGGAGCCGCAGCCUCAAGCCCGUCCGGCGCAUGUGACUGACAAGUAUGCACCCAAGAUAGUCGACAAAACAGAACACCUCCACGACCGUGCCGUCGCCAUGAAGGCGGCUCUUACCGGCGGCGAUGCGGCGCAUCACCAGCCUGCGGGGGGCUUUGAUAGUACCCCGUUCCCUCCGGCACCUCCCGGCUACACCCUCAAGUUCACCUUCCAUCGGGGCAUCAAUCUGCCUUGUGCGGAUUUUGCGAGUUUCUCCUCCGAUCCGUAUGUAGUCGCGCAACUGACGGUCAACCUUCCUCAGCGACACAAGGAGGAUCCCCCGUUGACCUUCCGGACCCCGACGGUGCGCAAGAAUCGGGAUCCGAUUUGGGGCAGCGAAUGGGUUGUCGCGAAUAUUCCCGAGUCCGGAUUUCAGCUCAAGUGUUGCGUGUACGACGAAGACGCAGCGGAUCACGAUGACCGUCUCGGCAAUGCGUACGUGGAGGUGAACUCCAUUAAUGACGACUGGCCGGGUCUCAAGGAGCGGACCUUCAAGGUGAAGAAACGCACCGGCAGUAAGCGGGUGUAUCUUUUCGGGAACAUCGCCGCGCUGGCCUCCGGACGCCUGGAUGUGGGUUCCCACCUCAUGAUCAGCGUCGAAUGCCUGGGGAGAACGCCGGGCACGGAGGGCGCCCAUGUGUAUACAGUUGGACCGAAUUAUUGGUUCAAACACUUCUCCCCGUUGAUCGGCCGAUUGACGGGGACCAAGGAUGAAGUGCAGAGCCAGGAUGGAAAUCGCCAGACGAGCCGUUAUAAGUGUGUCCCUCUGUUCGAUGCGUUUUGGCGGAAAUUUGCUCACCGAUUAUUGCUUGUGUCUAGUUUUCAAGCGAUUCAGAUUCAACUCAAGGGGCCGGUCCCCGAGAAGUUGUACCAUCGCUACGUCGAGUUCAGACCUUUUGUAGCCGGAAUGUUCACGUCGCAAAGCCUUCGAGGACGCAUCCUCAAUCGAGCGCUUCAUCACCAACAUCGGCGAAUCUACAACUUUGAUAGAUCGACCUUGAAUGGCCAGUUCGAAUCCCCGUGUACCGCUCUGACGCAGAAGUUUCUCGAAUUUGUCCAUCAUGCCCAAGGAGGGCGUAUCUUUACUUACGUUCUCACCCUCGAUGCCCAGUUGCGCUUCACGGAGACAGGAAAGGAGUUCGGGAUUGAUCUGUUGAGCAAGCAUACGAUGCACAGUAAUGUUUCCAUCUACAUCGCCUAUUCGGGCGAGUUCUUCGUUCGCCGCCGCAAACAUCACCGCCAUUCCCUUUCGCAAACUGAGAUUCCCGUGGAGGAACCGGUCGAGGAGACGGAAGCAUCGACCAACCCGGCCGAUUACGAAUUAUUCAUCGACAAUGACAGCGGCACGUACCGACCAAACGGCGAGUACCUGUACUUGCUGAAGGAAUUCCUUUCUACUAAUCUUCCGGGCCUUCAUAUCACGACUCUGGAUUGUGUCAAGGAUGCGGAGCGCAUGGGAGCGAUGAAGAACGAACAGCGCGAGUUUAAGAAGAAUCAGGGAUUUCAAAUGACCUUUCUCCAGCAGUCGGGCAGCAGCUCGUCGCUUUCACUAUCGAGUUCAGACGAGGAGAAGCUCGACGAGCGCAGUGGGGUAUCGCUCAAGAAACGCGGAGAGUUUGCGCAAAAGGUGCAUGAUAUGCGAGACGUGAAAGGUCAGGUUAUGAAGUGGGCCCAAGCAGAGGACGAGCGCCAUCAGGCUCACUCGAGUCGCCGUCAUUCAGCGCCGAAGACAACUGUCACGGCCGAUGCUUCAGUGUCCAAGCCUGUCGACAAGCUCGGAGCGGAUGAGCUUUGCAGGGACCAUAGCCGGUGA